UCAGGGAGUGCGCAGCGCAGUGAUCGGCAGUGCGCUGUGUCCCUCGGACACAGCGGAUCAUCGAUCUACGGAAAGAGCCGAAGAUGUUGGCUCGGUCAUGUGAUCAGCUGUGUCCAAUCACAGCUGAUCACAUGGGACAUGUACACUGAUCAUCAGGGCACUGAUGAUCAGUGUGCCCUGAUGAUCAGUGUGGCCCCAGAAGUGCCACCUGUCAGUGUCCAUCAGUGCCAGCUGUCAGUGCUGAACAGUGCCACCUGCCAGUGCCUAUCAGUGCCACAUCAAUGCCACAUAUCAGUGUCUACCAGUGCACAUCAAUGCCACAUAUCAGUGCCCAUCUGAGCUGCCUUUCAGUGUCACCCAUCAGUGCCAGUCAGUGCCACCUAUCAGUGCCAUAGUAACAUUGUACUACUUUGGGGAAGUGAUCAGUAUUUUUUUUUUUUUUUUACACAAUU